UUUCAUCCUCAGCCCUCCCAAACACCAAUUGUUGAUUCCCUGUAUAGAAACUUCCUUGGUGCAUACAUAUCCGGAACCCCCCCUCGAAUGACUGCGACGACGAUGAAUGAAGCUCUGCGAUCCGACUCUGAUGAAUUAACAUGAACAAGUGUGGUUGUUGGGGGCGUCACCCGUCAGCGGGAUGCGUUUUGGCGCGUAGAGCGACAGCGUUUCCUUUCUCAGCCCGCCAUCCAUCCCAUCCCCAUUUCGAUGAAUCGGUGCCCUAACAUUUCCUCUCUGCUCAGAAAAGCCCGCCACUUCAUCGGCCUCGCUACCACCGCUACCGCCACCGCCACCGCCGCCGCCACCCUAUCCACCUCCACCCCCUCCAAGUCCGCCGCCUCCGCCAUGGACGACCUCAAGACCCUCAAGACCCGCCUCUGCAUCAUCGGGAGCGGCCCCGCUGCCCACACUGCCGCCAUCUAUGCCGCCAGGGCGGAGCUGAAGCCCAUCCUUUUCGAGGGGUGGAUGGCCAACGACAUCGCCCCCGGCGGCCAGCUCACCACCACCUCCGACGUCGAGAAUUUCCCUGGCUUCCCCGAGGGUAUACUCGGGAUGGAGCUGACAGAUCGUUUCCGCGCCCAGUCCGCCCGCUUCGGCACCGAGAUCUUUACCGAGACGGUCACCAAAGUGGACUUCUCCUCGAGCCCGUUCCAGGUCUUUACCGAUGCGAAAACCGUUCUUGCUGACGCGGUGAUUGUGUCGACUGGAGCGGUUGCAAAAAGGCUCAACUUCCCGGGCUCAGGUGAAGGUCCAAACGGCUUCUGGAACCGAGGCAUAUCUGCGUGUGCGGUCUGUGACGGGGCUGCCCCAAUCUUUCGGAAUAGGCCAUUGGUGGUGAUCGGUGGUGGAGAUUCAGCCAUGGAAGAGGCAAACUUCCUGACCAAGUAUGGGUCGAGAGUGUACAUCAUCCACCGGCGGGACUCGUUCAGGGCUUCGAAGAUUAUGCAGAGCAGGGCACUGAGUAACCCCAAGAUCGAGGUCGUGUGGAACUCUGUUGUGAUGGAGGCGUAUGGGGAUGGGGAGAGAGGGGUUCUAGGGGGACUGAAGGUAAAGAAUGUGGUGAGCGGGGAGGUUUCGGAUUUGAAGGUUUCAGGGCUUUUCUUUGCGAUUGGGCAUGAGCCUGCUACCAAGUUUUUGGAUGGGCAGCUGGAGCUUGAUUCUGAUGGGUAUGUCGUGACCAAGCCCGGGACAACUCAGACAAGUGUUCGUGGGGUUUUUGCAGCCGGUGAUGUUCAGGACAAGAAGUAUAGGCAGGCUGUUACUGCUGCUGGCACCGGGUGCAUGGCUGCUUUAGAUGCAGAGCAUUACUUGCAAGAGAUCGGGUCGCAGCAAGGCAAGAGCGACUGACUAUCUAAGACGAACCCUAAACUUUGAUUUAUCCUCGUGUGGACUUAAAGUUGCAACAAUGAUUAGGGAAUCUCCUUGGGUUCCCAACGGCUUCAUCUGUAUUUGUCUGGUAAAUGCUAUUGAACAAACACUCUGUGCGGCUCCGAUUAUUAUCUUUCAGAGAAGCUAGUAUAAUUGGCCAUUGCCAACGAUACAUAUUUCGAUUGCCUGCUUCCA